AUGUUAACUGCAUCACAAGACAUUGACAAUUUCAUCGAACGUCAACGGCUGAAACUCAAUGCUGAUCGUUCUGGCCGACCUCCAAAUGUUAAAAAUAACGUAAAUGUUCGCAACCAGUUAGAUGCCAAAGUCACAAGAAUUCAUGAUGAUUCACCAGCGCAGCGACAUCCACAGCACGCUUCUAUUUCCUAUCAACAACCUCCUCUCCCCCCACCACCACCACCAAUUGACCAAUCAUUUGAAUCAUUUUCUCACCAUUCACCAAGUGAUCAAAAUGAUAUAACAUUUUUUGAGAGAUUUGGCACGUAUGAUGAACGCCGUUCACAAUUAAAACAAGAUUUAAAACGUGAAUAUAACGAUUUUUUACGCUCAAAAAAAAGUAAAAGUACAACACAAUUAAAUCGUGAAACUCAAAAUGGAAACACCACAACACGUGACAAUCGAAAACGUGUUCAAUUUAAUCAACGAACAAUUAGCACGAAGGACAACGAUACGGGGGUGGUCGCUCCAUGGGAGAAAGAUGAACGCUCGAGAAGCAUACAAAAUGUUCAAAGUAUGAAUGACCUAUCGACAUUUGAAUCAAAUUCAAAUAUGAGACAUCCAAGGUCACACAAUACGACGACGGAUUAUUCAGUGUUAACUGAUGAACAAUAUAUUAGAGACAGAGAAGCGUACGUUUUAGAAUUACAUUCACAAAUAAGAGAAUUAGAAGGACGAAAACAACAGCUUGAAUCAGGUAUGAUGUCUGGUGGUGGCGGUCCCGGUUAUGUCGAAGAUCUUAGUGCACUGAAUACAUUACUUGCACAACGUCUUAGCCAACGAAAUGCCAUUGAUUUAGACCUCGCGCGAAUUCUUAAUCGCCCAGCUGUUUCUAGUAAUCCUCAGUUAGGUGAGAUACUAAUCAGUCCUCGUGGAGUUGGUGAUCAACACACACGUUCACAAUAUGCAAAUAAUAAUCGAGAUAGACAGCAACAACAACAACAGCAGCAAUACACUGGUCGUCAGUACGAGCAUAGGAAGAACAGGGGUCAAACACAGCAAAAUAACAGUUAUGAACAACAAAGUACUGGCUUUCAAAUUGGUCGAGAUGACGAUAAAGAUGCUGAACAAACGAAUAAAAAACGUUACCAACAAGAGUUACAACAACAAAUUCGUGAAGUUCAAAUGAGAAAAAUGAAAGAAAAAGUCGAUAAAGAUGAGUAUGAUCGUAAAUUAGAAGUGGAUAUUCAAACGUAUAAUUAUUUUGGACGAGGUGGUGGCGGAGCGCCCAUGAGAGAUAAAGAUGGAAAUGUUGUUGCUAAUUUAGCUGAAUUAAAUUCAAAGCCGCCUCAAACAUCAUCACGGCAGCCACCUCCUUCGCAGCAUCCUCAAUUUCAACAAGAUGAUAAAAACUAUCAACCUGGCACUAGUUCAAUUCAUAAUGCACCAUUUUACAACGGUGAACAAACGGGACAAAUCUCAGUACGACCAGAAUCACCGAAUUAUGCCAGAGGUGGUAAUGGUAUAUUUGGUAAUGCUAAAACAGACUCACAAAAAAAUCAAGAGGAAAAGUAUAAACAAGAUUUAAAACGACAAAUUGAAGAUAAACGUCAACGUGCAAUUGAUGAAAAAAAUAAAAUAAGAGCUGAAGAAGAAAGAGAAAUCGGACGCUUGCAAGAACAACAAAAUAGAAUUCAAGAAGAAUAUGAAGCUGAGAUGUUAAAGAAAAAAGAGAAAGAAGAGCAAGCAAACAGAGCUCAGGAACAGCUACAUGAACAACUCGAAAGACAAAAACAAGAAGAUAGUUUAAUAAAACGAACGGAUUUGAGAAAACGACGAGAUAAUGCACCACCACCAAGUCACGAUAAUAAUGAAAAUAAUAAUCAGAGUGGUGGCGGUGACAACCAAGAAACAAAUUUUGAUGAGGAUCAUCAUCAACAACGAAGUUCAUCACCACCUGUUCCAGCAUUGAUGAAACAAGGAACAGGCGGAUCAAGAAGAACAUUAAAAAACCAACGUCGAUCACCUGUUGAACAACUUGAAUUGAAUAAUAAUGAUAUGAAUGAAAAUAUGAACGGUGAUGGUGGUGGUGAUAGUGCUGGAAGUAGAAAAACAUACAGAAAGCCACCAACACCGAGACAACCAGGUAAGUCGUAG